AAAAUUGGAAUUAGGGGUUUGUCUUCGAGUACACGCCUGAUUUGGUUUCUACCGACGAUUUCAAUGGAACCACGCGCUCGUUGAUGAAGCUUCGGUGCUCACUCAACUUGUUAUCGCCUUUCGUCGCCGUCGUUGUCCUUCCCACUUCUCUCCACCUGCAGAAGGAGCUUAAGACAAGGGGAGACUAGUUGCUACUUCCGGAUUUUAGGGUUUUUUUUCUUUUUUUUUUAAUUGCAUUGUUCUGUUCCGUCCAUGCGUAAUCGGUUCUUUCGCUAUUUUCGGAUUCUGAUUGAUCCGGCGCUUCACCAAUGUCGGCUGCAACAAAUCCUUGUUGCCAUUCUUUCUCCUUUCGUUUUGCUCCUUCCAAUUCUGGGUUUUCGAUUAGGGUUCAUUUAAAGCCUCUGCUCCCCUGUUUUCCUCUCAAUUCAAACAUCCACUGCGUCAGUACUCUCUCCCGACGCUGUAGAAAUAAAUGGGAGAUUCUGUGCUUUCGGCGUGAAGAGUCCUCACCGGAAAAUAUUGAGUCCAAGUCUGCGGAAGAAAAAUUGGCAGAAGACCUGGUGGCAACCCCCGAAGUCAGCCAAUCCAGUGAGACAAGGAAAGAUUGGGUGUCUAGUUUAUACAAGGUCAUUGAACCAAUAUUUGUUGCAAAGCCAUGGGUUGUUCCAUGGACAGCCAAAACCAUUGUUCAGGUCAUGCUUCUCUGGGUUGCAUCAUUCUGGGUAAUCGGAUCAUGGAUAAUCCCAAUAAUAGCCCAUACAGCAGGAUACAGAAAGGAAUUCAUGACGUACAGAGGGCAAGCCUUGUACAGCCUUCUAACAGAUGUGGUCGAAGGGCUUACUGGGAUGGCGAUUCUGCAUUGCUGCCUCUCAAGAUUCCAUCCCCUUCCUCCCGGCUGGUUCAAAUUCCACUUUGAAGGGAAUUGGCAAUUCGAUGUUGGCUUAGGCUGCCUUAUGUUUCCACUCAUUAACCGUCUUUCACAGGUGAAUCUAAACUUGUUGCCCAUCCUUCCAUCCGCCCCAGUUACCGUCUCGAGUGUCGAGCAAUCAAUCGUUGCUAGAGACCCGGUGGCAAUGGCACUCUAUGCAGUGGUCGUGUCCGUGUGUGCCCCCAUCUGGGAGGAGAUCGUGUUCCGAGGGUUCCUUCUACCGUCGCUGACGAAAUAUAUGCCGGUAUGGUGCUCUAUUUUGGUGAGUUCAGUUGCCUUUGCUCUAGCACAUUUCAAUAUGCAGAAGAUGCUGCCUCUGAUACUGCUUGGGAUGGUGAUGGGUACUGUAUUUGCAAGGACAAGGAACCUUCUACCAUCAAUGUUGUUGCAUAGCCUUUGGAAUGCCUUUGUAUUCUUAGAUCUUAUGAGGUAAAUGCUGUUAAAUUUAACUGUAAAUUUUGAUCUUAUUAAAUUUUAUAUUUUGUUUGGUUCCACUACACAAAAA